AUGGUCAAAGCUGACAUCAAGCAUAACUACUAUGCUGAUCUUGAGCUCCCCACGUCCGCCAGCGUUGAGGAUAUCAAGCGGCAGUACCGCAGUCUCUGUAGACUAUAUCAUCCAGACAAACACCUGGGCCAAGAAGACGAGUUCGUGCCCAAGUUCCAGGCCAUACAGACGGCGCAUGAAGUCCUUGGAGACCCGGCAUUGAAGGCCAAGUACGAUGUCGACCGUCGAAAGGCAGGUCUGUACCCUACCAACAGGCCUGGUCAGCAACCGCAGGCUACUGGCAACCCGUAUCAGGCGACUUCAGCUUAUCCGCCACCGCCGCGUCGAACUCAGCCCGGCACUUAUGCGCGCCCACCGAGCACUGUGCCAGGAGCUGCGCCUACGGGUGCAGAUCGCUUUACCAACUUUCCGAAGACCGCCCCUACUGCCCGUAAAGACCCGGUCCAAGACCGUUCGAACAUGUUCCGAGCCUGGCAGAACAUGAACAAUGGCCAGCCGGGACAACCUAAUCCUGCGCCUAGUCGUGGACCAUCAAACGGGCAGCCUCCGACUGAAAGACCGGUUCCGCCACCACGCGCUGACACGAAGAUGCCAAGCGAAGACGAGAUUCGUGCUGGCAUGAACUACCGCAAGCCUCCAACUCAAUUUGACGGCAGCGGUCUGGAUGCGCGACAGUCGGCUUGGGCAUCCUUUCAGCAGCAGAAGACUGCCGGUGUAGGUCGUGGUGACGGCUCGAAAACGCCAAGGAAGCAAGGUUUCGAUCCAAAUGCUCCGGGGUCAGAUGAACGCAAGGCAAAUGACAGCGGCUAUGCGCACCGCAACCGUUCGGAAGAUUUAGGCAGGAUGCCGCCUGGCGCCUUUCCACCACCUCCGCCCCCUCCUGGGCCUCCGCCUCAAUCGCCUACCUCACCGUAUUCGCCACCGUAUUCGCCAGCCCCGCAGAAGCCGUUAGGCCGGCCCACCAAGACCGCAAGCACGAAUAACAGCAGUCCACAAGUACCAUUCGCAGAAGGCACUCGCACGCGCACGCCUUACAGUACAUUUAUCGGCGAAAAGACGCAGUUCAGGCGUGACUCUUCGGACGGUCUGCGACGAUCAGCAAGCACACGCGAUGCUUCGAAACUUAAUGCCAAUGGUAACGCGCAGGGUCGAGCACGCAGCACCAGCCCGCUUGGUCAGCAUCAGAAGACUAAAGGGCACCCGCAGGAUGAGGCGCAGCAACAGAACUCUGUCCCGUAUAGCGAUAGUGAGGCUUCUGAAGACGGUUCGGACAUGUCUGACGAGUCAUCGGGACCAUCUAACCCAGACAAUGAGCAGGAGCAACGACCAGGCACAGCGCCGCAACCGAACACAACAUCUGAGCGACCGAAGAAAGUUCCUACUCCAGCUAUCAGGCGAUUUAACGGAACUGCGAACCCUUUCAAUCCUCCUGCUGCUGAUGGCGCGCAAUCGGACAAUGAGCGGCCAGACAUGCAGCAGAAGGGCACCAGCAACAUGUAUGCAUACCCUGAUCCUUUUCAGCAUAACCCCUCUCGUUCUUCUCAGUUCGAGCUGGACGGGUGGCCCGCGCAAGGGUUCGGCAUCGGUUCAACAUCCGAGUCCGAACCGCGCGAGGCUACCAGGCCGCAUAGCAGAUUCUUCGGACUAGGUCAGCAAAGUACGACGAAACCUGCGGCUGGCGAUGGGCCGUACGCUGCCCCUCUCGAUACGUCGGCACCCACGGGCGGGACACUGAACAAGCACGCGCUCGAUACCUCCAAUGCUGUAGCGCAAGGCUACGAUUAUUUAAAGCACCAGCUUGCAAAGUCCUUCGGCGAAGUGCCUGGGACCUUCGACAUGGACGUUUUCCGCACGCUCGUUUCGACCGCCAGCAAGGGUGAUACGUGCGGCAAUGCUUCGCUCAAUCGCAUUAUGGCUCACGUGCUCGAGUUGUUUCCUACUUUACCGCUUCUUCUUCAUGCCAAAAGUACACGUGCUAAUUGCGAGACCCGUGAUGAUAGCUUUUCAUACCCAUUUGCUAGAGACGCUUCGCCCAACAAGAGCCGUAGCGAAGAGAACAUCAACAUGAGCUUCUCGCCAGGGGCGUGGAGCGGCAAAUUCACCGGUGCGCCAGACUACUUUGCUCCAUCGGAGCCGACUACGACGCGGAAGGGUUCAAGCCCUUCGACACGGCAAAAGUCCGGCCUGCGCUCCGUCACUACGAACGUACCGCCUUCGAACAAUGGCGGUAAUAGUGAGACGAACGGCGUACCGAUAGCCGAAGAGCAACAUCCGGACCCGCAAUCUGCGCCAGGUAGCGUACGCUUCAGUAAGGAGCAAUGGGAGAAGACAUUCCAGGACGCGUCCUGGACCUGGCCACCUCCUCCACCAGGCCCGCCAAGUCCGAAAAAAGGUGCAAGGCCGGGACGGAAGCCCAGUAAGGCAAGAGACCGGUCUGCUACUUCUGGCACCGCGCAACAGCCUCACAUCGUGGAGGAUGAUGAUGUAUCUGACUUCGCGGCUCAUCAGGCGGAUACGGCCCAAGCUGGAAACGAUGGCGAUGCAAUGGAUAUCGACGCGGCGCCGCCUGCUCAAUCAGAACAAGCAGCUCCGGACCAGAUAUCUAAUCAGGGAUCAUUCAAGGAGCCAAGACUUUACUCGGUGCCGCCUUCUGCGUGGCGGCAAUCACAGCAGGGACAGGUCAAUGGACAUGUACCUACUCCAACUGUGAACGUCGAUCUCAAGGCUGAUUUGCAUGGCCUCUCCCACGUCGAGCCAAUUGCUCGUUCCACAAACGGCUUGCAAGGCCUGGCAGCAAUGACUUCUGAUCUGCCAUUCCAGUCUCAAGCCGCUUCCACGCUCCCAACGCACCCCUUAGAGCCACAGAAGCUUCAACUACCGCCCUUGCCGAAAGCACCUGAACCACCCACGAGGCUAUCGAAGCAGUCAUGGCACGCUUACGCCGCAGCAUUCGGCUCAUACCUACAGGCCUAUCACGCCUUCAACGCCAGCAUGCUGCAGCACUUUACCGCUCGUGAGAGCAAGGCGCGGCUUCAGCUGUCGUCUGGGACUGCCUGGCUUGAAGCUACGGGAGAUGCGGUUGGUACGCCGCAUGGCGCGGGCGGCUUUGGCUCGUAUCUGCAGGGGGUGAAGGAGGAUGAGGAGGUAAGGGAGAUGUGGAACUUGGGCAGCGAAAGGCACACGGAGGCUGUCAAGGGGUUUGAGAAGAUUAGGGAGAGGGUGCGGAAGUUGGCGUCUGCUGGCACUUUGGUGGAACAUUGA